AUGUCCAAUCCACGCGUUUUCUUCGACAUCACUAUUGGCGGCAAGCCUGCCGGUCGCAUUGUCUUUGAAUUGUUCAAGGAUGUCACUCCCAAGACGGCAGAGAACUUCCGUGCCCUUUGCACUGGCGAAAAGGGUGUUGGCAAGGCUGGCAAACCAUUGCACUUUAAGGGAUCCAUUUUCCACCGUGUGAUCAAGAACUUUAUGUGUCAAGGUGGCGACUUUACCAAUGGCAAUGGUACUGGUGGUGAAUCGAUCUAUGGUGAAAAAUUUGAAGAUGAGAACUUUGAACUCAAGCACGAGAAGCCUUUCUUGUUGUCGAUGGCCAAUGCUGGUCCUGGUACCAAUGGAUCUCAAUUCUUUAUCACCACUGUGCCUACUCCUCACUUGGAUGGCAAGCACGUUGUCUUUGGCAAGGUGCUCAAGGGCAAGGGUAUUGUGCGUCAAAUUGAAAACCAAGAGACCACCAGUGAUCGUCCCAACCAAGACGUUGUGAUUGCCGACUGUGGUGAGAUCCCUGAAGGUGCUGAUGAUGGUGUGCCUGCACCCACUGAUGGUGAUGCAUAUGAGGAAUACCCCGAGGAUUAUGAAGGUCCCAAGGAAGACAAUGAUCUUGUUCAAAUUGCUACUCAGCUCAAGGCUAUUGGUAACGACUACUUUAAGAAGGGUGACUAUGGCAACGCCAGUGCAAAGUAUGAUAAGGCUAUUCGUUACUUGAAUGAGAAGCCCAUGUUUGAUGAAGAGGAUACUGAAGACUUCCGCAAGAACUACUCUGCUGUCAAGGUCCCAUGCUUGCUCAACCGUGCCAUGUGCGCCCUCAAGUUGGGUGAGAACAAGGAAGCUAUCAAGGCUACAACCACUGUGAUUGACUAUGAUGCCAAGUAUCUCAAGGACACUGAUGUGACUAAGGCAUACUUCCGUCGUGGUAUGGCUAAAUUGGCCAGCAAGGAUGAGGAUGGUGCUAUUUUUGAUCUCGAGAAGGCCGCCGAGAAGGAUCCCUCAGAUGCUGCUAUCAAGCGCGAGUUGACCAAUGCUAAGCAAAAGAAGGUCCAACGCAAGCAAAAGGAGAAGGCAGCUUUUGCCAAGAUGUUUGGUUAG